CGCUGUCACUGGCCUUUACAACCCCAACAAGACGGACACCAGGUGGUAUUUUCGCCCCGGCACUCGAAAAAAAGGAAUUCUGCGAAAAAUCCCCAGAAAUCUUGGGUAGUAGUGAGUUGGGUAGAGGUUCAUCCGUGCCAGAGAGGGAGGAGAAAUUGUCUUGACGCAACAGAGAAAAAGAAAGAAGUCGGCCAUCAGUUGCAGUUUGUUGGGUCAUUCCAGACAAAAAAGGAUUUUUUUUUUUUCCGCCGAUAUUAGCAUCCAACAUGUCUGUGAAGAAGAUUACCUCGCUAGAAGAGUUUACAGCUUUAGAGAAAAAUAAUGGAUUAUCUGUGGUUCAUUUCAUGGCUGAUUGGGCUCCACAGUGUGAUCAGAUGAAUGAAGUUAUCAAUGAACUUAGCAAACAGAGAGAAUUGAAGGAGGUAACCUUUGGUAUUGUGGUUGCUGAAGAUAUCCCAGAAGUUAGCUUGAAAUACAACGUUUCUGCUGUGCCUACCUUUGUGUUGUUUCGUGGCGGAAAAGUUAUUGAAAGAGUUGAUGGUGUUAAUGCAGCAGAACUCACUUCCAAAGUUAAAACACAGGCUGCAAAGACCACCUUGGUGUCAACUGUUCCUGUUGCACCUGUUGAAGAUCUCAACACUCGCCUCAAACAACUCAUUAACUCGGCUAAAUGUAUUGUUUUUAUGAAAGGAUCACCAGAUGCUCCAAAAUGUGGAUUCAGUCGCACCACUAUAGAGCUACUUAACAAACAUGAGGCUGAUUAUUCCAGUUUCAAUAUACUUACUGAUGAGGAAGUACGCCAAGGUCUUAAAACCUACUCCAAUUGGCCAACAUAUCCACAGCUGUAUAUUGAUGGGGAGCUUAUUGGAGGCCUAGACAUUUUGAAGGAAAUGGAUGCCUCAGGAGAAUUAGGUCCUAUGCUUCCUAAGAAGCAAAAGCUGGAGAAUAGGUUAAAAAGUCUUAUCAAUAAGGCACCAUUGAUGGUAUUCAUGAAAGGUGAACGGGAAGCACCUAGAUGUGGCUUUUCAAAAACGUUGAUUAGCAUUCUUAAUGAAACUGGACUGGAUUACAACACCUUUGACAUCCUUACUGAUGAGGAAGUUCGACAAGGACUCAAGUCAUACAGCAACUGGCCCACUUAUCCUCAGAUCUAUGUGAAGGGGGAGCUCAUUGGUGGUCUGGACAUCAUCAAGGAGCUUCAGGCAUCAGGUGAACUCAUGGGAACUUUGAAAGGAGAAUAAUUAUGUAAGAAAAAUAUUUCUCUUCAAAAAAUCAAAAAGGUAGAUCCAUAAUCUUUGCAAAUACUUUACGGACACAUGUUAAUGAUGGAAACAAAAAUUAAGUCCUGCAUGUUACCAAGUGGAAAAUUAUAAUGUUACUUCGUGUAGAGUUACAACCUCCAUAAAAAGGUAGAAAUUAGGAAAAAGUUAUGUGAUUUACAGAAAUAAAAUUCUUGAAAUACUAAA